UUGUGUCUUUCUAGGCGUCCGGAGGGCCUUGGUUCUCGUCCUUCCUCCUCUCGUCUCUCCCGUCUCCAGGGGUCUGCGCUCCCCUCCUUGUCACCCAGCCCAGAGCUGCCCCUGGGUCCGCGGAGCAGUGCAAGGAAAAAAACCUCAGAUAUCUCCGGUCAGUCUGCCUCACAGAUUCCGUCAGAGUGAGGACAACUCUGAACCUGAAUGAUGACUGCAGAAUCUAGGGACGCUGCAGUCAUGACCCCUCAGGCUAUACAAGAUAAAGAGGGACUUGUGAUUGUAAAGGUGGAAGAGGAAGAUGAAGAGGAACACCUCUGGGGCCAGGAUUCUAGCCUUCAAAGAAGUAAUAGCCCUUCUGAUCCAGAGAUUUUCCGCCAACGCUUCAGGCAGUUCUGCUACCAGGAUACUUCUGGGCCGCGAGAGGCCCUGGGUCGCCUCCGAGAACUUUGCCAUCAAUGGCUUAGGCCUGAGAUGAAUACAAAAGAGCAGAUCCUGGAACUCCUGGUGCUGGAGCAGUUCUUGGCUGUCUUGCCCAGAGAGAUCCAAAGCUGGUUGCAGGAGUACCGUCCUGAUUGUGGAGAGGAAGCAGUGACACUGUUGGAGGAUCUUGAGCUUGAUUUAUCAGGACAGCAGGUACCAGUCCGUGUACAUGGACAUGAAAUGCUGUCCCGGGAGAUGGUACCACUGGGAGCAGCACACGGAUCUUCCAGCUUUGAAUUCCAGCAUCGGACCCCCCAGAUCAAGCAUGUAACACGAAAGCCAAGUCUUUUACAACAGAGUGCUUACCCUGCUUCCCAUGUUCCUGUUUCCCAUGAGAGGAGUCCUAGAGACCAGGCACUAUUCACAGCAGAUUCCCAGGCAUUGGUAAAAAUUGAGGACAUGGCUGUGUCUCUCAUCCUGGAGGAAUGGGGAUGUCAGAACCUGGCUCGGAGGAACCUCUGUAGAGACAACAGACAGGAGAAUUAUGGGAACAUGUUUUCCCAGGGUUGUGGAAGCAGGACAACCAAUGAGGAGUCAACUUCAAAGGAAGAGAUUUCAGAAGCAACAGGAUCUCAUGGGGAAAUAUCUGGAAAAUUCCAAAAGGAAUUUGGAGAAACAUGUGACCAGGAAAGCAGGUUAGAAAGGCAACAGAGAAACUUAGAAGAAAAACUGAGACUAGAAAAGACAGAGUUUAGACAGGUGACAGUCAAAGAUAAGAAAGCACCCACAGGGGAGCGAGGCCAUCGAGAGAAAGGCAAAGGACUAGGGAGAAGUUUCAGUCUGAGUUCAAACCUUGUCACACCAGAAGAAGUCCCUACAGGAACCAAGUCCCAUAAGUGUGAUGAAUGUGGCAAAUGCUUUACCAGGAGUUCCAGUCUUAUUCGACAUCGGAUAAUCCACACUGGAGAGAAGCCCUAUGAAUGUAAUGAGUGUGGGAAAGCCUUCAGUCUUAACUCAAACCUCAUUCUUCAUCAGAGAAUCCACACUGGAGAGAAACCUCAUGAAUGUAAUGAGUGUGGGAAAGCUUUCAGUCAUAGCUCAAAUCUUAUACUACAUCAGAGAAUCCACUCUGGAGAAAAACCUUAUGAAUGUAAUGAAUGUGGCAAAGCUUUUAGUCAGAGCUCAGACCUUACCAAACAUCAGAGAAUCCACACUGGAGAGAAGCCCUAUGAAUGUAAUGAAUGUGGCAAAGCUUUCAACCGGAAUUCAUACCUUAUUCUUCAUAGGAGAAUUCAUACCAGAGAAAAACCAUACAAGUGUAAUAAGUGUGGGAAAGCCUUUACCCGGAGUUCAACUCUUACGCUACAUCACAGAAUUCAUAAUAGAGAGAGAGCCUCUGACUACAGCUCCACCUCACUAGAUGCAUUUGGUGCAUUCCUGAAAAGCUGUGUAUAAAGUGAAAUUUCCCAUUACUUCCAUAAUUUCAAAAAUGUGUGCCCAUGGGAAAACUAUUUAGUCUCUAAUAUAUAAUCAAAUCACACUUAAAAAGUACAUCAAAGAGCAGUCUUGCCUUUGUUGGUCUAAUCUGUGGGUAUUUCUCCAGCAUAACCUUCUGCAAGAAAAGUUAGUCAAAUAGAUGAUCUUACUUAAGAAUACAUGCACACAUUAAAAUAAACAUCAGACUUUUUGGGAAUGAGGACACUCAUAAGAAGCUAGUCAAACUUGUUAAUACAAGGGAUCCCUGUCUGCGGCCACCAAUGUAAUCAUUUAAAUCCACCAAGCUUGAGAUUUGUAUCCCCAGUGCCUAGCACAGUGCCUGGCACAUAGUAAGUGCUUAAUGGAUACUUGUUGAUUAAUUGGCUUAAACUGAGAUUGAGGCAUUUUUUCCUGCAAAGCAAGUAAUGCUUGCCUAACAUCUUUUUGUACAUCAUGACCCAUAGAAGGAUACUUAUAGAAUCCUGGGCUGGGACAUGCUGCUAAAGCUAAAACAUAAGUAAUCAAAGGUGGGAUGCCAAAGCUGAAGAGAUCUAAGGCUAUGCAGAUCAAAACCAAACCAAAGACUUCUAUCUCUUCCUGAAGAGUAUGUAUGGAUGACUCAACUCUUAGCUCUCCAUAGGAGUAUAGUUGACUCCAUCCUCAUCACAGAGAAAUUCUAUAGAAAUGACAAUACUUCUUUCCCUUUUCUGAACUCUUAUAGUGCUAUAGUGUUCCUGUAGUCUUAUAUACAAUUUAGCUUUUGAUUGUAUACUGUCUUUUAAUUGUCUCAUGAAUGUAGUAAAUCUUAUCUCCCCAACAAGAUUCUAAGGAACUGAUCUCCUACCUAAUAGCCUUAGUAAGAACUGAUGGGGGAUUAUUGUUUGAUGUCAUUUUGUUCCUUGCUAAAUAAUUACUCACUGACUUCUUAAUAGGGCUCCCACACUGAAGCAGGAGCUCUGCUAAAGUAGAACAACCCAGCCUAACUUCUGCAGAAACCACCAGUUGUUGCCAUGUAAAAUUCUAAAACUCUGUAGAAUGCUAUUCUCCCUGAGCUCUUUAAGCAUAGAAGGAAGGCCCUGCUUACAUGCCUACUUAAAAACUUUUUAAAUAUAUAAAGUGUUGGCUAAGUGCCACAAGAUUUCAGAGGCAUCAUUUUUAUCACCUUUAAGAAGUUAAUUGAAACAAUGACUUUGACUCCCUUUGGUGUUUAUCAGUGGUAAGAUCCUAGCCAGAAUUCUCUCAUAUUAGCUCCUACACAGCAUGGCCAAUAGGGUGCCCUCCAGAUGUGGUCAGACAAGUAGGACCAUCACCUGUACUGGACACUGCCUCUAACCGAAGCCUGAGGUUGUGUCAGCUUUUCUGUUGCUGUGUCACGCUGCCUAUCGUAUUUAGCUUUCAGUUCUCUACAACCCCAGAUCUUUUUCAGACAAAUUAUCAUCUAAGUCACAUUUUUCUCACCCUGUGCUUGUCAAGCUAAUUUUUUUAACCCAAUUGUAAGACUUUGUAUUUAUCUCUAUUAAAUUUUUUAAUAGAUUUAUGAGAGGCAGUGUGACA